ACGAACAGCAGCAAAUAGUCAACACCAACUGUAAAGUAAGUGUUUUCCUGGAGUUCAUCAAGGCCAAGAGUGGAUGUAGUGCAACUGGUAAGAACCUUAUGGCAAUUACAGAUAUCGUCGACGUCUCAGACCAAAGAGGGCAUGUCAGGAAUCUGCGAUGGCAUCCCAAGGACUGUGCCAGAAGGUACCUCAAAGACAGGGAGACACUGAUCGUGCUUCAAGUCCACAAUGACAAGUCCACCAGUUCAGAGGGAAAUCCAAUGACCGGACAAGCUGUUUACACUCCACUUUUGCUGAGUCUUGUAUCAAACAAAGGAUUUAAUGAUGCACUGAAUCCACACAAAGACGAAACACGCAACGUAUUGCCCAGUAAGCCUAGACGAGCACGAUCUUUUACAUUUGACAACGAUGAAUUCAGGAAAGCCAGGUCAAAGACCAGAAGCAGUGGAAGCAGUUCUGGAAGGAAGAGUACAGCCAGAAAGAGUCGCAAGAUUUAG